AUGUUUAAUUAUCCCAUCUUCAUGGAGAAAACUUAUUUCCAUCAUCCAACUAUACUGUCCUUGGCACUCUGCUUCUUAGCGACAUUAUCUAUUGCUGCUACUACAAACUACACCACUGAUCAAUCAGCUCUGCUAGCCUUUAAAGACCACGUCACUUAUGACCCCAAUGGAAUCUUGGCAAAUAAUUGGUCCACAGCCACCUCAAUCUGCAACUGGACUGGUGUCUCUUGUAGCAUGAAUCCCUUGCGGGUAACAGCCUUGAAUAUCCCAGAAAUGGGUCUUAGAGGCACCAUCCCUCCAGAUGUAGGGAAUCUAUCAUUUCUUGCUCAUUUCAACAUCAGUAAUAACAACUUCCAUGGUCUUCUACCAAGCGAGUUGGCUCGACUGCAUCAAUUGAAGGUUGUCAACUUCAAUGUUAACAACUUCAGUGGAGAGGUUCCUUCAUGGUUUGGAGUCUUGCCUCAACUUCAAUAUUUGCUUCUCGCCAACAACAGUUUCACAGGUCCCAUACCUUCAACUAUUUUCAGAGCCCCGUCUCUUCAGCAUAUUGAAUUCACAUACAACAAAUUGUCUGGUGGUCUCCCAGAGGACUUCUGCCUUCGCCUUCCAAAACUUGAGUAUCUCUUUCUUUCUGGGAAUGAGUUAUAUGGCCAAAUUCCAUCAACUAUUGGUGCAUGUAGAGAGCUUAAAGUUAUAUCACUAUCUACUAAUAAAUUCAACAGUUUCAUUCCUAAAGAAAUUGGGAAUUUGACCAUGCUUCAAGAGCUAUACCUUGCCGACAACAAUCUUAGAGGUGAAAUUCCUCAAGAGAUGGGUAAUCUUCAUAGUUUGAAGACACUAUCUGUUGCAGUUAACAAUCUUACUGGUCAUAUACCUUCUUCAAUAUUUAACAUCUCUUCUCUGAAAGGGCUUUAUCUUGAAAAGAAUAAUUUACUUGGCACUCUACCAGUGGAUAUGUGCAUGUAUGUUCCUAAUCUUCAAGUUGUUUCUCUUCGCCGCAAUAAAUUGAAAGGAAGCAUUCCAAGAGAAAUAGGAAACUGUACCUCACUCACAGAAUUAAGUCUCUCAGAAAAUCAGUUUUCAGGUUCCAUAUCACCAGAGAUUGGUAUUCUACAAAACCUGGAGAGGCUGCAACUCAGUUCCAACAACCUAAAUGGUCCCAUUCCAGCAAUAAUAUUCAAUGUCUCAAGGCUGCAAAUUAUUUCAAUCGAGGAGAAUCAACUUUCAGGCAAACUUCCAUCAAACUUUGGCCUUUCAUUACCCAAUCUUACAGAACUUUAUCUCGGAGGAAACAAUCUCCAGGGUGCUAUCCCUGACUCCAUCUCAAAUGCUUCUAAGCUCACUUACCUAGGCCUUACCUCUAACAGUUUCACUGGUCCAAUUCCCAACUCCCUUGGUAAUUUAAGAUUCCUUGAACAACUGCAUUUGGGAUCAAACAAUUUGACAAGUGAAAAUUCAUCUCCAGAACAAAGCUUCCUCAUUUCCUUGGAAAACUGUAAAAACUUGAAAGUACUGUGGAUAUCAAGAAAUCCUCUAAAUGCCAUUCUGCCUGUUUCAAUUGGAAAUCUCUCCACUUCUGUUCGUAGCAUUUUUGCAAGUUACUGUGGAUUCAGAGGCACCAUUCCUAGCGAAAUUGGUAACUUAAGCAAUGUAGCAUUCUUACAUCUAGAAAACAAUGACUUGACUGGGUUCAUUCCAACAACAGUCUUUAAAGAUUUGUGGAAGCUUCAAGUACUAAAUAUUCAUGGCAACAAAUUCCAAGGAUCUAUUUCGGCCGAUCUAUGCAAUUUAAAGAACCUUGGUGCUUUAUAUUUGCAGAAAAACAAGCUUUCUGGAUCAAUACCAGCAUGCCUAGGGAAUCUUACUUCUAUAAGACAUCUCUCCCUCAGUUCUAACAAAUUAACUUCUGGGAUACCCACCAGCUUGUGGAACCUUGCCUAUCUUUUGAAGAUGAACUUGUCCUCAAAUUCUUUAAGUGGACAUCUGUCACCACUCAUUGGAAAUUUGAAGGUUGCAACUACUAUAGAUCUAUCAAUGAAUCGUUUCUCUGGUCCAAUACCAGUAACAAUAGGAGGUCUUCAAAGCUUAGUUAAUCUUUCUUUGGCACAUAAUCAAUUUGCAGGACCAAUACCUGAAUCAAUCGGGAAUUUGUUGAGUAUGGAAUUCAUAGAUCUUUCCCACAACAAUCUCUCUGGUGCAAUUCCCAAGUCUUUUGAAGCACUCUCACAACUUCAACGCUUCAAUGUGUCUUUCAACAAUUUGAGAGGAGGAAUUCCCCAGGGAGGACCUUUUGCCAACUUCACAAUUCAAUCUUUCAUAGGAAAUGAAGCAUUGUGCGAUGCUCCUCAGCUGCAACUGCCACCAUGCAUUGCCGGUUCCACACAUAAGUCAGGGAGGAAAAGAAUUUUAUUAAUUAUAUGUACUCCUGUGUUAAUAGCAUCCAUACUCCUCACCUUGACCUCUGUUCUUGCACUGAGAAAAUGCCAAAUGAGAUCAAAACAAACAACUCAAUCUGUUAUGUUAUCCACGCUAACAGUCAAAAAGUUUACCUACCAAGAACUUGUACAGGCGACUGAUGGGUUUAGUGAUAGCAAUCUACUCGGCAUGGGAAGUUUUGGCUCAGUAUACAAAGGGACUUUUCUAGAUGGGGGAACCUUGGCAAUAAAGGUCUUCAAUUUGCAGCUAGAAGGUGCAUUCAAGAGUUUUGAUACAGAAUGUGAGAUGUUACGUAAUAUUCGUCAUCGGAACCUUAUCAAAGUCAUUAGCAGUUGCUCUAACCUUGAUUUUAAAGCAAUAGUACUUGACUACAUGCCCAAUGGUAGUCUUGAAAAAUGGUUAUAUUCUCACAACUACUUCUUAGAUAUACUGCAGAGAUUAGAGAUAAUGAUAGACGUUGCUUGUGCUCUGGAGUAUCUCCACCAUAGUUACUCCACACCUGUGGUCCACCGUGAUCUAAAACCCAGUAAUGUCCUCCUAGACGAAGAUAUGGUUGCCUACGUAAGUGAUUUUGGCAUAGCAAAGUUCUUAGCUAAUGGGGACAGCAUGCAACAAACCAAAACUAUAGCCACAUUUGGAUAUAUCGCACCAGAGUAUGGGCUGGAAGGAUUAGUGUCCACAAAGUGUGAUGUUUACAGUUUUGGAAUCAUGUUAAUUGAAACAUUUACAAGAACAAAGCCAACUGAUGCGAUGUUUGCUGGUGAUUUGAGCCUGAAGCGCUGGGUGGAAAAGUCAUUGCCUAAUGCAUUAUCUCAAGUUAUUGAUGCCAGUUUGCUAAGACCCGAGGAAGAACACUACACAGCAAAGGUGAGGUGUGUCUCAUCCAUCCUGGGAUUGGCUUUAAAUUGCUCGGCGGAGUCAGCGGAGGCGAGGAUGAACAUAAAAGAUGUCGUAGCAGCACUCAAAAAGAUAAGGCUUUUAUUCCUCGAAACUGUCAAAGGACCAUAAAAUACUACGAAACUGGAUGCCAUCAAGGUCUGAAGGUCUACGAUCAGAAGUGUUACUAUCUUGUGAGAUGCCACGUGUGUAAAAUGAUUUGCUUUUCAACGCACAAUUAUCUAAAUCAAGACUCAUGAACAAGUUAAAUGUUAGGUACAAGCUGUUAAAGUUACUCUAUUUCAACUGAUUGUAGUAACGUGAGAUGUGGGAUUGUCCAUAGCAGGAUCCUUGUUUUCAGAACUCUGUUGCAAAAAAGUUAAAAUAUACUUUAGAUAGGUGAAGAUGAAUUGGAGAAAUAUGUCAAGUGUAAAUGUAGUUGGUUCCCAAGGAAAACAAUUAGUAUGUCAGCUGAAUGUAUGUUUGCAGUCCAGUGGUCAUCUAAUAAUUCAGUCAUAUACAAAAACAAUUUCUACUUA